UUUACAGUUUUCAAUGGUGGAUGCGGCAACGUAUACGGCUUGUCACUGAAUUUAUUGAAUUUUUAGAGUAAUUCCCUUGCUAAGUAGAAGUUUAAUAUCUUAUCAAAAUGCGUCGCAGCAUGGGCCGUCGUGGUAAUAUGAACAAUACGGGCGGAGGACCGCUGAUGACCGAACAUUUACAGGACAUUGAUUUGGAAUUGGAGUUGCUGAAACGCAAGCGUGAGAUGAUUGAACAGCAACAACAUUUGCUGGCUAUGGAGCAACAAUUCAACUCAUCGAGACAAUCGUAUGAUCCAAUGCGAUAUGAUGAACCAGCACAGCAUGGUUCCAAUCGCGAUUUUACGCAUUUGUACGACUCCGGACCCAAAUACCGCAACCAGUAUGGCAAAAAACGCCAACCUGAAUUUGCCUGGCAAUAUGAUGGUUCUCCUAAAAGAACCACACCAUCAGCUAAAAAGAAAAAUCCUCAGCCCCCAUUUAACCAACAUCACCAAAGAUCUUUUUCUGGUUCUGGCCAAGGUUCAAAGUAUCCCUCUAAAGGGCCUACGCCUCUCAUGGAUAUAAAGGUAAAACAAUCUAUAGGCCAAAGGAUUGCGAACCAGAAACCUCCACCGAAGGCACCCCGUAAAGACUUCCCUCAGGGCAAAGUGUCAAAGCCAAAAGCGCCCCCUGCUCCUAACAAGCUGGCGUCCCACGACGUCGCCAAGCGUAAGGCUCUGGUGAGCGCUGCGACCGCGGCGGCAUCAGAUGCGGAUGUAUCGCGCAUGCUGCUGCCUGACCGCGUGCCCACGCAGCAAGUCAGCGGGCGCUUGGAACUGGCUUUGGGCGCGAUCAUGAAAAACAUCAGGGCACUGAUCGAUAAAAACCCUGAGUACGGCUCUGUGUUACGCUGGGUCCAGCUGCAGCGUGUUAUGAAACAGGCUGUGAGAGAGCGUAUCCGAACCGUCAUGUUGGGAAAAGUGGUCGGCAGCCUGAAUGAAAUCCUUGCCGUGUACAGGGAGGAGUUCCCCGAAGAGACCGAUAUUGAUAUAGUAAAUAUAGCCCUCGAAGCCGGGGGGGUCGCACACGAGGAGCCAGAUAACAAUAUUAAAUUUAUUGAAUCAGCGGAACCAGAGAACUUCUACAAACUCAACAUGACUUGCGCCAUCGAAUCGAAAUUGUUUGAAAUGUUUAACAAACUUGAAGAAAUGUAUGGACAGCCUCAAAAACACACGCUAGGAAAAGUCGAAGGGACGUCAGGGAAAGCCGAAGAGACGCCAGGGAAAGCCGAAGAGACGCCAGGAAAAGCCGAAGAUUCGCCAGGAAAAGCCGAAGAGACGCCAGGAAAAUCUGAAGAGACGCCAGGUAAAGCCGAAGAGGCGCCAGGAAAAGCCGAAGAGACGACUGGGAAAGCCGAAGAUAUUACACCUACUAUUGACCUUCCAAAAGAAGCCGAGAAAAAUGCUGAAGCCAAGGAUGGCCCGGAAGAGCAUAAAAAGUUUAUGAACACUGAAAUUAAAGUGUUUGAAAUAAAACGGAUUUUACCGCGCAUAAUGAAGAGAUACAUUCCGUACAUUGUCAAGCUCUUAAACGUGGAUGCGAUGUAUCAGACUACGAAGGCAGCUAUAACAAUGAAAGCCUGUCAGAAGGCAUCGGCAAUCUUCGUCAAACAACUGCCUGAGGAAGUCCAGAGUGACGUCAAGGCUACGGCUCAAGCUCAAGAAGCUCCCACUGAAGAGCGUCAGAAUAUGUACAACUUGCCUUAUUAUGUUAAGAUUAUGGGUCGUCCCACACUGCCGAAGCGGAAGGUGAUGCAAACAUUCCUGAACCAAUUCAACCCAAAGUCUAUAAAGAAACACAGGACUAUCCACAACUUGCUGUUUGUCGGGUUUUCAGAGAAAUCUGAUUUUGAUAUCAUGGUUGGCGCUGAUGGAACUAUGAUUGGACGAUGCAAGCUCAGUGUAAGAAUCUGUUCAAAGGGACCAAAUGCUGGCCAAAACGGUGAGAAUGCUGAUGAGAACGCAUCCAAGGAUGAAAGUCAGACUGAAGCCAAAAACGGUGAUCAGAAUGGAUCCAAAACCGAUGAUCAGAAUGAAUCCAAAAGUGGUGAUAAGAGCAGUGACAUCAUAUCUAGUGACCUAGACUUCCAGAUCACAGAUCUCCUGUCUUCGAUAAGGAAGUCUGAAGAAGAAGAUAAGACUAAGGAUUCUGAUAACAGCAGUGCUGAAGUUCAACUUGCAGCUGAACAAGGCAAAAAUGAUACUGACAAAGCAAUUACUGACAAAGAGGGAGAUAUUGCUAAAGACAAUCAAGAAAAUACUGAUAAAAUUGAAAAUAAGGAUACUGCUUCUGAGAAAGAUGGAACCAAAGAUGGUAAUACGGCUGAGAAAACAGGAGAUGUCAACGCCAUAUCACAAGAAAAUGGUGACUCAGAAAUGGCUGAGCCAGCUAAUGACCUUCAGGCAGAAAAUACAGAAAUCAAAAAAGAACCAACAGAUACUGAAAAUACCAAUGGAUCUGACACUGUAAUGUCUGAAGUAAAUGAUAAUGCGAAGUCUGAAAACGGCGAUGGAACUGACAUAAAGACUGAAACUUCUGACGAUUCCAAGAAUGCUGGUAACAAUGCUCAGACUGAGCCACCAGAAACCAAAACAGCGGAAGAAGAGAAAACUGAUAAAGUUGCAGAGUUGAAGAGUAAUACCUCUGGAAGGUCUACACCUUCGAGAACGUCGGCGCGAUUGGCUAACGUGACUCCUAGCACCAUUCGUACACGGCGAGCUAGCAGACUCGCAAAUAACUAAAUACUAAUAAGGUCCCAUUCAAACAGGUUGACACAUUUUCGACAACUGCUGAUGACAUUACAUUGGGCAUUUUAUUUCUGCUAUCAUUUAACAUCCUUGGCAGUUGUCUGAAGCCAGGAAAUCUAAGUCCAGUCUUAUCAAGGGGUAUCGGGUUGCCCAGGUAACUGGGUUGAGGUGGUCAGACAGGCAGUCGCUCUUUGUAAAGACUGGUACUCAACUGCAUCUGGUUAGACUGGAAGCCAACCCCAACAUAGUUGGGAAAAGGCUCGGAAGAUGAUGAUGCUUGCGUAUCUUUUAUAAGACCUUGAAUGCAGUGUUGAAAAUUGUCCACCUCGUUUGACGGGACUUUAUAUUUUAUCAGGACCUGUAGUCGUCAUAUACAAUUAUACAAUGGUAAAUAUAAUAAUUGCCAAAUAUUUUAAGAUUUCAUGAUUAUAUAAAUAUGAGGAUUCAAUUGUGCAACUCAUAUUUUUAUACAUUCAAAUGUUGAUUGUGUUUUGUUGAUUGUAAUUGAACUACAGAUAUUCGUAAAAUAAUUAUAGAAUGGUGAUUUUUACAGAGCCUCGCGCUCAGAGAUUUGUUUUAGUUAUAAUUGUAUAGUUUUAAUUAUAAUGGGUAAUAUAAAGUUAGUUAAAAUACGGUUAAUGUUAAUCUAGUUUACAAUUAAAUAACACCAGUAAUUAAGAUACCAAUUGUUAAGAUAAAUAUCACUUUCCUUCAGUUAUAUUGAAAAAAUAGUAUUUUCAACCAGAAUUUUACCUUUCAGUUAUUUUAAACAUUGCAUGUAUUCAAACAGUCACCAAUUUCAUAAUAAAUGUGUACAAAACCUG